GCCGCCCGUUGUCGGCGCGGCUGUGCGCGGGCCGCCCGGAGCGGGGCCGCGCCGUUGCCCUCAGGUGUGUGGCGAGUCAGCGGCCAUAAAGUGUGAGGCUUCGCCAGCGGGAGGGCCGCGUCCGCCCUCCGGUGCGAGUUUCGCCAGAGCUGUCGCUCAUCCGUGAGGACAGCAGGACUGUCCGUCACCGCCUCGGCUGUGCCCAGCCGCGUCCGCGGGGCUCCGGGCGCUGCCAGCGGUGCGAGCGGGGCCGGUCCCGCGCCCGCCGCUGCCUGUGUGGGUCGCGCUCGGCUGGAGAGGGAUCCAACUGCUUUAGUUCGUGUGUAAGUUGAGAAAUACGUGCUGAAGCGGCCCCGUGGCUCCCCGACACGGACGGAAUUCCUGCAGGAGUCUGCAAGCAUGCACAGGCAUAAGCUGUAUCCAGGACUGCUGUCUUAAAUCUCAGGUUUGGAAGUUACAGUGCAGAGCAUGAUCUCCUUCAUAUGUCUAGAGUUGCACAGAGGGACAGAAAUCUAUUAGAAAUAACAUGCAGAUCAAGGCUUUAGAGAGGAGGGAAGUCACUGAUAUCAACGGAGACUAAGAAUUAAACUCUAGGUCCUCGAUAGCUUCUGGACGAUUAUCAUCAGGACAGUAAUACCAAUAGAGAGGGUGAUGCUGCAGGUGAGGUGUAACUAGAUGCAAGACACAGCAUGUGAUGAGAGAUAAAAGGAGAAGACAGAAAAACUAGAAGGAGGCUGAGAUACAGGAAGAAGUUAGUGACCAGACAGCUUUCCAGAAACAAGCCUUUGUUCCAUUACUGAGAGCUGAAGAACAAUGGCUUCCUUCAGCAACCUGACUAUUGGCAUUGCUGUUGCUAGUUUCACUGUAUUUCAGCUCCUUUUCCAUGUUGCAAGUUCUUGGUUGUCAACACGAAUAACACCCGGUUUUAACAAUCUCAGCCAAAAAAGGAAGAUCGAAUGGAAUUCAAGGACAGUGUCCACGUUCCACGCCUUGGUGGUCGGUGGGUUUUGCCUGUAUAUUCUCUUGUACGAUGAUGCUGUUAAUGCUGACCAUCUCUGGGGCGACCCUUCAAUUGUGAAACUGAAUAUUGCUAUUACCACAGGCUACCUCAUUUCUGAUUUGUUGCUUAUUAUUUACUACUGGAAGGCAAUUGGUGACAAAUUCUUUGUAAUACAUCACUUGGCAGCUCUGUAUGCUUACUAUUUUGUACUGAGCAAAGGUCUGUUGGCUUACUUUGGGAACUUCCGCCUGCUUGCAGAGUUCUCCACACCUUUUGUCAACCAGCGGUGGUUCUUUGAAAUACUGGGAUAUCCCAAAUCUUCCAAGGCCAACAUCAUCAAUGGUGUGCUGAUGACAGUGGUGUUCUUCGUGGUGAGGAUCGCCGUCAUGCCUGUCUACUACAGCCACGUGAUUGCCUCGUUUGGAACAGAGGCUUUCCAGAGAUUGGGCUUUGCAGCCCAGAGCGCCUGGAUUAUCUCAAGUGUUGUCUUGGAUGUUAUGAAUGUGAUGUGGAUGGUCAAAAUUGGAAAAGGAUGCUACAAAGUCAUUUGUCUUAUCGGACGGGAGGAAGCCAAAACUCACAGGAAUGGAAAAUCUGACUAGAAACCGUAGACAUCAACUAAAUUCCCGCGGUGAAAGUGAUUUGAGUUUGCUGACACAGUGCACGUUUCUGCCAUGGAAUGCUCCUCCUAAGGAAACAAGGUAUUACCUCUGUCCUGACCUUCCUUCCCCCUAGCCACACUGCCUGCACGCCCGGGGCCACGCUUGGCGGAUCCCGUCCGGGAGCACCGACCGCAGCAGCUCACGCAGAGGAGCCCCACGUGUCUGUUGGAAGCAGUUGCAAGCUGCUGAAGUUGGAAAGGAGCGGGCUGGUUGCUCGCUUGUUGCCCACCAGUGUGUUCAAAGUGUUUCACUCAGGUUUCUCAGAUUAAUGUGUUUUAUAAGUCCAGUGAAUACUGACAUCUCUUUUCUUUUUAGAAAACAACCCCCCUCCCUGAACUCCUGAAAUGGUGCGAUUUUCCUGGCACGUUUCUAUGUUUUCUCCUAGGAAUAACUAUCAGGACUUCAUUCUAGACAACUUCUUAAUUUUUGCAAGAAAAGCUAAAAUCUUAGCUUUGAUUCUGUGAAGCCUUUUGCUGCUUUGUGUUCUGCCUUAUAUGAAUGCAAACUGUUUUGGUAAAUUUGUUAAGCAGUUUUUAUCUAAGAUGCUGUAUUAUAAGACUACAAAAUAUCUUAAAAAUUGUUACAGUUACCUGAUUUUGAUGGGAAGGACUCGCUUUUGCUCCGUUGGGUUACAUGCAAUAGUACAUCUUCUGAAUUGCCCGUGGAACUUUAUUUUUUGUAGGUUAGCGUGGUGAGUGAUGUGUGGAAACAGCAUAAUUCUUAUGGGAGUGCUUUUUCCUUUGCUGCUACUGCCUUUGACAAGUGCUGCAACUCUCUUCAGAGAGAGGAGGUUGUGACUAUGUGGAUGGAAGUUUAAUUGUAAAGAGAGAAAACUGUUUUGUAUAUGUGAUGUGUAACUUACAGGAAUAUUUUUUUAUCCUCUUACCACAGAAGUGACGCGCUUGGUACGACGUGUUGGGGGUUUUGGUCACAUUUUCCUUGUUAAUCACAACACAGCUCUGACGUGUUGACUAAAAAGGUUCCUGAAUUAACUGUGCCAAGCUCCUGUGAAGCUGUAGGGUGAUUCUACAGAAUGACAAUUCCCUUCUGCAGGCACCACGUUCUCAUGUUUUUAAACCACGUAUUUGUCAACAGAUAACCCUGUCCCUCCUUCUGCCAACUGAAAGGUUUGGAGGGAGGAAUCGUGUCAUCCGGGAGUAGUGUAGAAUCAAACUUAGGAUGCAAUUGGAGGAAAUUCUGGGGUCUGGCUUGUUUUUAAAGGAAUUUGAGAGCUAUAUUUGUGUGUAGCUUGUUUUUGUUUUGCCUAAAUCCGAACUGGGACUGAUUAGCUCCUGUUUUUUCACUUGGUGUGGUUUUUGGUUGAUGUGUGGGGUUUGGGUUUUUUUUGACAUUACUUAUUAUUUAUUAUCCCCUUCUGGUAAGAUGUGCUAAAAGUAUCCAUCUUCAUGCAGUACUUUGGUGCAAAUCCUAAUUACUGUAGCAGACUGUUUAAGCGAUUUAUUUUUUCAACAAAAAGAAGUUUACCCUCUGUAGGAUGAUUUGUUUCCCUCUUGCCUGUAGCAGAGCUGGGUGACCUGAACUCCAUGGCUGGAGGGUGAGCGGGGGAGCAGGACGCAGACUUGUGCCCAAGGCUUCUGCCAUAGGUUUGGUUCCCAAGUUAAGGUGAUGUUAGGGAGCGUUGUUUGGGCUGAGCUAAUACACACCUUCCUCACCCUUGUUUCACAGUUUUGCUGUUGGGGCUGGGCAGGCCUUUUUCCAAAACCAUCUCCUAGUCCUGCGUGGCUGAGGGAGGCAUCAGGGAUUGUUCUCUGGAUUCUGUGCUCUUUAACGCUUCACAAACCGGCAGACAAAGGAUCCAUUGAUGCCUUGGGAAAGCUAAGGAUUAGUGUUUAGCUGCAUGGUUUGAGUGAGUGCAGUACCUUCUCUUGGGUACCAGUAAAUCCACCCUCUUUGAGACAUGAUCCUGUGACCUGCUUUGUUGAAAGAAACAGUCUCUCUUUUAUACAUUUGCAGAAUGUGCUCUCUUUUACAAGAAUUGGUGAUUUCAGUGUAACUGAUGCAAAAUCUAGACUAAGUACAGAGGCUCCCCAAUUCCAUCACCUUGGUGAUGUAAAGGUGUACGUGAAAUACUUUUUCCUUGUGAUUUUACAGUCCCUGGUUCAGUGAAUCGUUUUGUAAUAGCUUGUAGCUUCCUGAAAGGAAAUUUAAAUUGAGCAAAUUGAAAACAUUUUGGAGAAUAUGCGUGAAAGUAGAAAUGUGCUUUUGUUGUUUAGGAAGUAGGAUGAAAGGAAAUGAUAAGAAACAUGAUUUGGAGCACGUCUCAGAAAGGUUGUCGUCAGUUAUCACCUUAGAAUUCAUCCCCUCUUAGCGUCACUUGAAUAUUUUGGUAUUUGAAACAUUUUGGUUUUGAUGGAGAACAUUACUGAAAUGAUCCAUUUCCUUCAUGUGUAGAGAGACUUGUGUCUGGUGGGGGCAAAAGAUGAAGGGACUCAAGCUAUAAGAAAAUUAGGCUAAAACUAGAUUAAAAAAACCCCAAACCAACCACAAACCCCUGCAUAGUACACUCUGGGGAACAAUCCAGAAUGGAAGGGCAGUGGGAUAAUUAUCUGAAAACAUGUGAUGUUUUGGAUUGCUGUAGAGGAUUAGUGCAAUUAAAACAACAUUUUCCAAUGCAUUAGGUUUAAGUUUUGUAACUUGGUGGGUUUUUGUGUGUUACGGUUAUGUCCUGAUGCAUCUCCUGUGUGUCAGAAGACAACUUUUUAUUAACACUGGCAUAUUCAGCAAGGACUGCAGCAAACAGGCUGCAGAGUUGUGCUGUACUGCAUGCAUUUGUGUAGGGCACCUUUUACCUGCUGCUGAGAGUUUAUAAUACAGCAGAUUAGAUGGCUGCAGCACCUGUUUUUCAGUUGCACUUUAUUGAUUUAAACACCAUCGCAAAAUAUUGAUGGGAAUUAGUGUUGCAAGCUUGUGUCUGCUUUUUUUUUGUGCAAAAAGUAAAUGCAUGAUAAGUAGCAUGAUGAUAAAUGCUACCUUUAGAAUGUAAAAUGUUAUCUCAUUAGUGGCUUAAAACUUCUAUUUUUAACAGACACACUGUCUAAUGUAAAAGCAGACCUUGAGUAUGUCACCAGGUGUCUUUGCCAUGGACGUAUCAAAUGGAAGGGGCUAGUCUUGUAAAAAGAUGGUCAGAUACCUUGUUUUACUGCUUUUACGAUGGCCACGGGAGGGUCUGUGUGUACCAGUGAGGCUGUACGCAGGAAAGGCAAGCUUCUCUUCUCGUAUGGCUGCACUUUUUCAUCAAAAGAUGAGUAAAUAGCACUUUCAGAACUACUGCACAGGUAACAGUAGGGCAAAUUGUGCUUCUGUAGUUGAUUUUGUGGAUACAGUACGUGCAGAGGGGAAAUGCACUUCAGGUCUCGGUGAGCGUUGCAGGGGCUUUGGUGAGGUGCUGCAGGGAUGCUGGGUGGGCUGUCGGUGCGCCUUCUCCCGUGGGGAGAACUACAUCUCUGAAGCCUACUCUGCCUCUAUAAAUACAUGCUGUCUGGAGCAAGCUCCAUAGUUGAGUAACACAGUUGCUUAAACAAUAGACUCCAUUGAACAAUGAAAAGCAUCUUAUGCACAGGAAAAAGAGGGGAGCUGACUUUAUAUGGAAAUUCUUACCAAUUCCAAAUUUUGUAUUAAAAUUUAUUAAAAAUGAAAUUAAUUGCAGUGUCUGGAAGGGGAUGACUUCCAUCCGUCCUGAGAAAAUUAGGGGGGGAGAUUACUCAUGCUGCAGAACUAAUGUUACCCUAACAGUAAAGUGAGCAGAUGCAUUCAAGCAGGUAUUAAGGGGAGAGGUGGAGGAGACCUUAAGAACACAAGGACAGAGGUCCAGACAUCUUCCUACUGCUGUGGCUGGGACAUCAGCAGGCUGAUUCGUAUCAGAAAUGUUCAGGUAUUUCUGUAUCUGUGUUCACAGUGGAAAAUGAAACUUUAAGCUGUGUAAAAUGGGUUACCAGGUGUUGAUUGCUGUAAGAAGAAAGCUUUUUCUUACACGCUUGUGUGUGUUUCAGUAUAUGUACCUACAAGCUCUCUGUCAAAGGUCAUUUGAUAGAGAAGUUUGUACAACUGCUUUGGGAUGCUUCUGCUGAGCCAUUUGGAGGAGAAACAAAAGUGCUGCUUGACGCUGACUUCAGCAUAGGGCCUGGUACGGUGUUGACUGCUGGUGAAAGCCAUCAAUAAAGCACACGGGAAGGGACUGGAAUUUUCAGAUGGAAAAAACACAAAUAUAGAAGACUUUGAAAAACAUGAGCAGCCCUCUCGUAUUUUUAAUAGCCUACUGUGCAACAUUAUCUGGCUACAAGGAAGGAUUUGUUCCUGGUGGAGUUUCUCCAGCUGUGGAUUAUGUUUGACAGCUGUAGGAAGGGCGGUGUUAAACUGCUGAGAUCCUGACAGCAGUCGGAUGGAACUAGCUACUGAUCAAUAUUGAUGAACUUGAACGUCCAUCCAAACCCAGGUACAAUUUAUUUGUUGGAAAGGUCUUGGCGUUUUCUGAGAACAACGUUAAAGUUGGUACAGAAGAUGAAAGGUGUGCUGUUAGUGGUAACACUUGGUGAGGUUUCCCAUCCCUUGUGAAACUCUACUAGCUACCUCCUUGCACAUUCUUGCUCUAUUUAUAGGAACCAAGCACUUUAUAGCUCAAUAACGGAUGGAAGGUAGCUAGGAAGAAGGAAUUGGAUUGUUUGGUAUAAGAAAUGCUUUGGCAGAGUUUCUUCUGAGCUGGAUUUCAUUGUGUGAUGUCCUGCACUGAGAGGGCAUCUGAUUAUAACCAUGUAUAUAAAUUUUUAAUCUGGUUGUAACCUAAAGGAGGUGUCUGAGAGAGUGAAUUUUGAAGAGCUCAGCAUGACUUGGUAUCAACCAUAUAAUGAUUCAGUUUGCUAUUUAUAACUUUCCACUCACUGAAAUGGAAAAUGUAAAAGCAAAUAAAAUAUUCUGUAGCAUAUCUUUAUUUUUAAUCUAUGUGUGGGAUGUCAAACAUUGUACUUGUCUUGUGGACAGGACGUGCUUUUAUGAGCCUAUAAAUAUUUAAGUGGGAGAGAACCUGCACCCAGUGGAAUGUGCUGCAUGGCAAUUGGCUUCUGAGGUUCCCCAUUUCCAUGUUCUUAAAUAUUGGCUGGGUUUGAAACCAACAUUUAAGUGUUAACAGUGAGCUGCAGUACAGAACAUAACAUUUUUGGAUGCAGUGCAGCAUGUAUUGGUUUUGUUCAUUGUAACUUGAGUUUCACAAGAGAAAUCGAUCCCAUGUGAUAGGGGAAAGGAGGAAAAGGGCUAAUCAUGAGCUCAGCUGCGCACUUUGCACACUUAGUAUGCACACAUCCACACACCCUGGAUUUCUUUCUGGCCUGCACAUGUCAAGCAGUGUUUUUGUUAUAUUGACAGAUGCCUGUGUAUGUAGAACACUCUAACAUGUGAGCGCAGCUCACCGAUACAAAAGCAAAGUACGGAUCCUGUGUGGAACAGAAGAGUUACACGUUAGGUGACAGUAGUGGAGCCUGUGAUUCAGAAGUGUUCUAUAAUCUGUCUGAGAAGCAGCUUGAUAAAUGUAUCCAACUUAGGUGAAAAGCAAGGAUGAAAACUGUAAAUUGUGCUAGACUGAUCUCUGGUAAAUCUUGACAAUCCUGGUUUCCAGUAAACACUAACACUGUCACAAAGGGUCAGGGGCGCGUUAUUGAAGUCAACUAGUGAUGUGGCCUGAUUGUGGUGGCAAUCCUUACCACAGCACAAGGACGUAACGCGCAAUGUAACGGUUCUGCAGAUGGGUGAUGAAAGUAAUCAGCCCUAGUACGGCAAAUGGUUGAGUGUUCUGGGUGUAAAUUGCCUUUUCAUUAAUAAAAAGAACCUGCAUUAUUUGUUUGCUCUUCAUUGAUGUUGUAAAGCAUUUCCACACUUUGUUCGGACAGUUUAGGAGCUUGCAUCAAAUGAGAUUGGCUGGUUAUUGUUUUCCCUUUGAUAUAUGCAAUAAUGUCAAUGAGCAAUAAAUUGCAUGUUGUAUGCAAGGUAUCAGUACUUCAUAAUAAAGGA